AUGACACUCAACACUGAAGUUCUCGUCCACGUCGCUGCACCCAGUGGAGCACGAGAUGAUGCGCGCUACCGCGCUCUCGUCGAGUCGUGCCUGGCCUUUGAGCCUGUCUCACGACUCCGCGUAUAUAGCGAUGCGGACGACCUCGACGUGACAGUAGAAGACCUCACCUCGUCUUUGGCCUCGUCUGCUGGUCAAUCAUUGCCUUUGCCAGAGAUCAUCAAUGACGAUACCUCGUUUAAUUCGGGCGACGAACUGAACAGUCUAUUAGAGCCGCAUUAUCCCGCGGCUACAAGUCGCGACGAUGCGCUGGCCCGGAUUUCGUCGCAGCAGCCUGGAGGAUUCGUCGCGCAUGUUCCUUCGACGCCAAUACGAUACCAGUCAACGGAGGAGGAAGACAGCGAACUCUCCUGUCGAGCUCCUAUUCCCCUUGGACGCCAGGAUUCCACAGACCAGACACAUUCGCAGUCAUCAGAGAGGGGGACCGGUCCUAGUUCUACAGCAGUUAAGCACAGCAAUAAACCAACUUCAUCACAGGCCACGCAAGCUGGGAUUUCGGAAUCAUUGACCUGGGGCACUCCUUUAGACACGAUUCCAGAUUCGCAGCCUAGAACAUCACCGCCACGGGGAGAUCAUGAUAAUGACCAAACGGCAAUCGAUAACGUGCAAGUCGACCGGUCGUACGUGCCUGACACAGUUCGCCAGUCGAAGCAUUUUAGACUUGAAGGGACCAGCAGAGACCCGAGUCCAGAUACCAGUGAGACGAGAGUGCUUUCGUCAAUGCCCUCUCCAGGUUCCCCUUCCAAGAGUCUUCCGCCAGCGAAAGCAUCUACUGCUCAACCAGCAGAAACCUUUACUAAGCCAGUGGGUAAAAGAAAAAAGGCCAAGAAUAACGACUAUCAAAAGGACUCCUCCCAUAGUGACAACCAUGCCAGUGUGGAGACCCCCAUCGAAGCAGCAUCCUCCUUCGCAUCCGAUCAACAAAAUCCUAAAAGGCGUCAAAUUCUCCCACAGACCCGAGAAAUCAUCUCCCUCGACGAUAUUCCGCUCGAAAUCCGUGGACCCAAUCCAGAAGUCUCAAACGAAAAGUUCCGCACUCAUGUAACACCAACCCUUCAAGCUCUCGCCGACCGCAUGAAGCUUGCCUCGCGAUUCUCUCCUUCUCAGCAAACCCGUGCUCUACACCCACUCGAGCGAGGAUACUGGUUUAUUCAGAACAUCACUAUCAAACAAGACACCGACGAGUCCGAAAUUCAACCACAGUCUACAACCAACCCAACCUUACAAAUCUGGACCCUGUCAUUCUUCUCUCAGUUUUGGUGCUUCCUCCGCGAUUUCCUCAUCGAAGGACGCGCCGGAUGGGGCGUAUGGUGUCUUGUUGAAGAGUCCUCUUCUCCAGAUCCCAACCGACAAACAGCAGACUCGCUGGACUCGGUAGAAGAAAGAUCACCCUCCUCAUCAAAAGCUAAAUCCGUCAAUCUCAAGAUCUACACCUGGGGCGAAGUUGCGCCGCAUAUUUAUAUGCUCCUCUUCCUCGCAACAGAGAGACGGGUUCGCAAAUUACAAGGUGUCGAGUGGAGAGAUGCGAGAGAUAAAACCGUUAUCAAGAUGUGA